GAUGCCCCUGCUGGCCGAGGGGAUCCGGCUCCACGGUGAGAAGCUGACGGAGCAGCUGAAGCCCCUGCACGAGCGGCUCUGCGCCUGCUUCCGGGAGCUCCGCACCAGGGUGGAGAAGCAGUACGGGAUCGUGGCCUUGCCACCGGCGCUGACGGAGCGCAAGCCCAGCCGCUCGGGCUCCGUGGUGCUGCCCUACCUGCUGCCCUCCCCCCUGCGCCGCCUCUCCGUCACCUCCGUGGCCUCGUCCGUGGCCUCCACCUCGUCCACCUCGUCCGACAGCGCGUCCUCCAGGCCRGGCUCGGACGGGUACAGCAGGAAAGGCUCUGAGGCCCAAAGGGGGCACUGA